AUGGAGUCACUACACAACACCAUGGCGCAGAUGAUGGAACAUUUUAACAAAAAAAUGAUGGAGUUCCAGACCGACUUGCAGAAGGCAAAGUCAGAGCCCGCAAGUAUUUCUUCACUGGAGUCAAACUUCAAAACAUUCCAGUCCUUUACUAUCUCUGCACUCACUACUCUACAGCAACAAGUUGAGUUAGUGACUCAAAAACAGGAUCACUUAGAGAUGCACUCCCGCCAGAAGAUUCUAUUACUGCAUGGUAUUCCGGAGUCUCAAAGAGAAUCUGUGCCUCAGGUGGUAUCUAAGGUGAUUGCGGACAGGCUCGAGAUCGAUGGCUUUUCUACUGACCAAAUCCGCCGAUGUCGCCGUCUAGGACAGUCAUUUAAAGAUAAACCACGGCCAAUAAUCGUCAAAUUCCAUGACUUGGAUGUAAGAAAUGAGGUGUGGCAUUCAAAGACGAAACUGAAGAGUAGUGGAAUAACAAUGUCGGAGUUUCUAACUGCGUCUCGACAUAGCGCAUUUAUGUCGGCUAGACAGCAUUUUGGCGUAAAAAAAUGCUGGACACAUAAUGGCUUUAUUGUCAUUAUUACUGACGAUGGUUCGAGGCAUCGGGUCAGCUGUAUUGCUGAGGUUAAUAAGCUGAUCGAUUCGUCGCCGUCGGUUACACAAGCCUCACCAGUCGCCACCAGCUCUAAACAACCGGCCGCCGGUAAUUCUCGCUCAAAGCGUGCUAAAAAGUGA